GUGACACCUUCUCACUUUGCCUUUACGUCUGCAUUCAUACUUGGCCUCACCGGUCUCGCCCUUCACCGCUAUCACCUUCUCUCUGCCCUCUUGUGCUUAGAAGGAAUGAUACUUUCCCUGUUCAUUGCCCUCUCACUCUGAACCCUCCAACUUGACUCUACUUGCUUUUCAGCAUCUCCCAUGCUCCUCCUGGCUUUCUCAGCAUGUGAAGCAAGCGCUGGACUUGCACUCCUAGUAGCCACUGCCCGCACUCAUGGCACUGACCAUCUCCAAAGUCUCAACCUCCUACAAUGCUAA